CCUGCGGACUGUAUCUAUGGGUGUAACUACAAAACUUUGUGACAGAUUACAUGUUGCCCAGACACCAAGUUCACUUGUGUGUUAGCGCAAAAUGAGACGUCUACACUGGCUAUGGAUGCAAUUUUAGCCUUUUCCCGUUCGAUAUAAGCUUCGACCUUGACUUCGCGGAAUGCUAGUAGGAUUUUCGCCCAUUUUUGGUAAAUUAAUGAUAUGCGCCGCACGGGAGACAUUCCUCAAGGCCGAUGACGGGACCGUAAACCUGGCAAUUGAUAUACCCUGAUCAACGGUCAGCUUGCCUGACUUGUUACGCAGUUUCGUACCGCGAAUACGGUCUGCCAGUCACUUGGCUAGUGACACCACCCAUACUGUAGCAGCUCAAAACUAGAGACUGCCCGCAUGGCUUCUAGUCUUAGCGUUGUUGACCUCUUGGAUUUAGCUCAAUCGACCUCAUCGCACGCGCAUCUAUAUCGCGCAAGAUGAAGUGGUCACCGUUCGUUCUGUUCACAUCGGCUGCGAUUGCCAUUGCUCCGCAGUCCGAGACUAAUGGAGAAUCUGAUCUUGGUACUUUGGACCUGACCUGGCGACCUUGCGUAGGAGACAAUCCGAAUUCGGUAUGUAAUCAGCUACUGGACUGGGCUCCAGACAGAUGGGACGAUCUGCUGCACGAGGUCAAGCCAAGCAAAGAACGUCAUUACACAUUCGAUAUCACGAGGGGAUUCCUCUCGCCCGAUGGAGUCAACAGCAGCGUCAUCAUGGUCAAUGGAGGCUUUCCAGGUCCAACGAUUGAGGCCAAUGAGGGUGACACAUUCGUGAUCGAGGUUAACAACAAUGCAAACGUUCCAACAUCUAUCCACUGGCACGGACUGUUCCAGAAGCAGACGCCCUUCAUGGACGGCGUACCCUCUAUUGGACAGUGUCCUAUCCCUCCUGGCGCUUCCUUUACCUAUCGAUUCAAAGCGGAUCGAGUAGGCACCAGCUGGUGGCAUUCGCAUUAUCAAGGACAGACUGUUGCUGGCCUUUUUGGUCCAAUGAUCAUCCAUGGGCCGCCGCUAUUCAGAUACGACAUUGAUGUUGGUCCUGUGAUGCUACACGAUCGAUGGCACAUUGAUUACGAAGACCUCAAUGACGAAACUCUCAAAGCAAAUCCUGUCCAGAGUGACAGUAAUCUCAUCAACGGCAAGAUGGACUACAACUGUUCACUGGUAACUGAUGGCGCUGCGUGCUUCCCGGAUGCUGGAUUCUCAAAGUUUAGAUUCAAGUCAGGCAAGACGCAUCUACUGCGCCUUAUCAAUCCAGGAGCCGAUGGACUUCAACACUUCACCAUAGACGACCACAAGCUCACUGUUGUAUCAGUCGACUACACGCCGAUCGAGCCGUUUGAAACUGAUGUAGUGUCUCUUGCCCCUGGUCAAAGAACUGAAGUCCUCGUCAAAGCUGUCGGAAAACCAAGUGAUAGCUACUGGCUGCGCUCCGAUAUCGACCCUUCUAAUCCACAAAAUUCGGAUCCCACAGCGUCCGUAUGUGGCGUAGGUUCACGUCAGCCGCACGCAAAGGCUAUCGUCUACUAUGAGAAAGCAGACUGCAAGAAGUAUCCUACAACGCAAGCGACCAAAUACACAACAACAGCGCGCUGCGGUACUUUUCCGCUCGAUAAGACAGUUCCACUAAUUCCUGAAGCCCCUCCCACCACGCCUGAAACCGAAGUCACUGUCGACAUGACAAUCAUGGCCAAUGCAUCUGGCGUCUUCAUAUGGUCUCUCAAUAAUCACACUUUCCGAGCUAACAUGAACUCCGCAUCUCUCGCUCAGUCUACUGCGCCUACAUUCAAAUUCUCCGACAUUGACCCCUUAGCUAACAUCUAUAAUCUCGGGUCGAAUAAGACGGCGCGCAUUCUGCUCUACAACAUCUUCGCGGCCCCGCAUCCUAUGCAUUUGCACGGUCACGAUUUCUACGUUCUUGCGGACGGUGCUGGCGUCUGGGAUGGCACCGUGACGAACGCAGCGAAUCCCAUUCGGAGGGACACACAUCAGUUGCUCCCCAGCCCUGAUGGCGGUGUAACGCCAGGGUAUACCGUCAUCGAGAUGGUGUUGGACAAUCCGGGAAUCUGGCCGUUACACUGCCAUGUCUCACAACAUCUGACCGGUGGAAUGAUGCUCGAAGUUGCGUAUGGGAAGAGUACGAUCGAGACAUAUAAGGUCCCGGCGGCCAUCACGGACGUGUGUGAGGAGUGGAACUUGUGGCGCAUGACGAAUGUCGUUGACCAGCCUGACUCCGGGCUAUGAUUCUUGUUCAAAUUUUGUUGCCUGAAUCUCUGAUAGAGAAGAAUACAAUAAUUAAUAUUUUUCUUUGAGCAUCAAAGAUCCAGCAUUCUCGCCUCUAGACUCUCCU